CGUUUUUUUUUCAGGUCCAAUGCAUUCGUCGCUGGCCUGCACAUAUCGAGCUCGACGCGCAUUGCCGCCCCUGCCAUCUGCAUUGGUCGGGGGCGGAAUUCAAUGCUGACCCUUUUGUUUCCUGCCGCCGCCCGAUUGGCAUCGCCAAGAUGGCAUUGAUAGGUACCUCAAGGCAGGCCCAUGUCGGGCAGGCCAGGCCUGGGGACCCAUCCGUCAACAUCGGACGACUUUUCCCGUCUCCCUCGUUCCUUCAAAAGCGGCCACCUGUCCGUACUUUCCCAGGUCAGCCUGACGGUCUGUCUCACGCCCCCUUUGUCUGUCUCUGCCUGCGCUCGCUGCCUUCAGCCAGACAUUCCAGCCGCUGCCUGGCCUGCCUCCCCUAGCUCUAGGGACCACAGUGACCCAGCACCGCCAGCCACCGCCAGAAUGCGGCUCUCGCUCAGCACCUCUGCCGCGGCGCUUCUUUUGCCGCUGCUGGCCGCCUCAGGCGCUCGCGCUGCCGCCGUCGAGCCGCGCACUGUUUCGUACGAUGGCUACAAGGUCUUUCGCCUGGCGGUCGGCGACCAGGUCGACCGUGUCAGGGCCAUCGUGAGCGACCUCUCGCUGGCCACAUGGAAGGGCGCCCCGCGCAGCAACGCCAUGGCCGACAUCGUCGUUGCCCCCGACCAGCUGGACCAGUUCCGCGCCCGCACGGCAGGCCUGGACAUGAUCACCAUGCAUGAAGACCUUGGCGCCGCAAUCGCAGACGAGUCCUCGUUCGGCCUGUACGCGGCUGGUUCGGCCAACAGCACGUGGUUCCAGUCGUACCACAGCUACGCAGAGCACCAGCAGUGGCUCAUUGACGUCCAGGCCGCCUUCCCCAAGAACACGGCCCUAGUUUCGGCUGGCAAGUCGCUCGAAGGGCGGGACCUGGCUGGCAUCCACAUCUUUGGCAACGCAGGUAAGGGCGCCAAGCCUGCCGUCGUCUUUCACGGCACUGUGCACGCCCGCGAGUGGGUCGGCACCAUGACGGUCGAGUACCUCGCCUGGACCCUGGCUUCGGGCUACGGCUCUGGGGAGACCACCGCUUUCGUCAACAAGUACGACUUCUACAUCUUCCCCAUCGUCAACCCGGACGGUUUCAGCUACACGCAGACAAACGAUCGCCUGUGGCGCAAGAACCGCCAGCCCACCGGUGGCAGUUCUUGCCGCGGCCAUGACAUCAACCGCAACUGGGACUUCAAAUGGGACGUCAGGGGCGGUGCUUCCACCAACCCGUGCGCAGAGGACUUCAAAGGCGCUGCUCCCGCCGAUGCCCCCGAGACACGGGCACUUGCCUCGUGGCUAGGGGCCACCAAGAAAGCCCAAGGCCUCAAGCUCUUCAUCGAUUUCCAUGCCUAUUCGCAGUUGUUCAUGACCCCUUAUGGCUGGUCCUGCACGGAGCAGCCCGAGCGGGGCACCGAGAUGGUGGCCCUGGCCAAGGGUGCCGUCGCCGCCAUCCAAAAGGUCCACGGCACCGUGUACGAGGCCGGCCCCAUCUGCACAACUAUCUACCAGGCUACCGGUAGCAGUGUCGACUACGUCAACGACGUUGUCAAGGCCGACUACACCUUCACCGAGGAGCUGCGUGACACGGGCAACUUUGGCUUCCUGCUGCCCGCCUCACAGAUCGUGCCCACGGCUGAGGAGACCUUUGCUGGCGUCCGAUACCUGCUGCAAAACAUGAAGUGAGGGAGAAGAAUGUGGGGUGCACAAGGGAGGAGGAUUGCACUUCCCGGGCGGGUUCGAGGCCGGUCGCCCUGAGGGAUCGAUCGAUGUUUGCGACUGCCCUGCGCUACCUAGCGUUCCCCUUGGAAUUCGCGGUAAAUAAGACUGGACAGGAAGGAGAUCGGCGAUAGCAUGGACCAUUGCAGUAGAAUCCACUAGUCAAUAUCCAACACGGCUUCCAAGAUCGAUAUGGCGUUAAAGACUCGAA